CAUGUUGAUAUGCCAAAUUCUUUACCGUAAUAUUGCCAAAUUUGGGUCUUCGUGCAACUCGUGUUGCUGCAGCCGAACAAGCCGAUUCUGCAAGCGUCUUCUUUCCAGUCAACCAAAACCAGAGCCGUGGACACAUUUUGACAGCAAAUAUGCAAAAGAACCUAGCAAGGAUUCGGAUAAGAAAAGUCUUGUUAAAAUCUGGGGUGGUGUAGUUGCUUUCGCCGCGGCUGCUGGUUUAGUUUUAUAUUUUUUCGAUCAGAGUAAGAAGAGAGUGGAGAAAAAAAGUGUUCUGCGUAAAAAUCUUUCGAUUGGUAAGCCAGCAAUUGGAGGCCCCUUUCAGCUUAGAACUCUAAACAAUCAAAUUGUUUGCCGCGAGGACUUCAAAGGAAAAUGGGCAUUAGUUUAUUUUGGUUUCACGAAUUGCCCUGAUAUAUGCCCUGAAGAGCUGGAAAAAAUGAGCACUGUUCACGAGGAAUUGAAAAAACUUGGAUAUUCUUCUAUCCCUGUUUUUGUUUCAGUUGACCCCGAAAGAGACACACCUGAAAAGAUAGCCAAGUAUCUCAAAGAAUUCCAUACCGAUUUUGUUGGACUUACUGGAACAUUAGACGAAGUUACGAAAGUUGUAAAAACUUUCAAAGUCUACUUCAACAAGGGCCCAAAAGAUGAGGAUGGGGAUUACAUAGUGGAUCAUAGUAUUAUUUGUUAUCUCCUUAACCCGUCCGGAGAAUUUGUGGAAUAUUUCGGACAGAAUAAAACAGCUGUUGAAAUGUUAACUGUAAUCAAGCAGCACAUUUCUUUUGGCAGUCAAUGACAUCAAAUAAUCUUGUAUAAAUUUUUCUUUAAUAAUUAACAUUUGGUUUUGAAUAAACAAAUU